ACACACUGGCUUAAGAUAGGUAGGGUCGCCAAUGUUCGAGAGAUCUGACAGGCCUGUGGUAGCGCUGUGCUGGUAUAUAUACACGUUAGUCAGGUGAUUAGGGGAGUGGUUGAGGCGUGGUCCUGCUCCUGAACCUAAGUUAAACAAUUAACUCCAUCUAACUUUUGUCCACCAAUAACUCUGUUAAUGUACAUAUGACAUGUGGCUGUUGUUUGAAGACACACUGGAACAAAUGUGGAGCUCUUCUUUAAAUGACAUAAACCUACUGAGCUCCCAAAUCCAGGAAGAAGAAGCUCAUGUAAUAAAUGAAAGAAUGAAGAGUUUGUAGUCCAACAUGUCUGAUUUGAUAUUGAUCCUCUAAUGAUCAGCAGCAUGUUAUUAAUCAGUGUUGACAUGAAUAGGUGUAUGAAUGUUGUGCAAGACUAGCAAUCGGUUGACUGACUUUAACAGUUUGCAUCUCUAAAACAACGCGAGAGCUGGCGGCAUGCUUCAUAGCAGGCAUUACUGACAAUGAUAAUGGAUGUAAACAGCAGCGCCAGCUUGACCGGUGGAUAUGAGGAACAGAAGCUAAUGCUGGUUGGAUAAACCAGGGAGCAGCCAAGCCGCAGCAGAAACUAAAGGCGAAUCCUGUCAGUUGUGGGUUGAACGGGGGUCACAGCCACAGACAGAAAUACGUAUUCCUGUCAAAUACGGCGGCCAUAGUGCUCCGCGGCGCAAGAUAAUGGCUUAUCGGCGACCGAGAAGCCCGGUCCAAGAAGUCUUCGCCGGUGUCAUGACUGCCCAGAAAUACCUGAACAGCCGAGCUGUAGCAGCACACAGAUUAACCCGCUGCAGUUUGUCAGAGAUCAGCUGUGUUUCUCUGGCCUCAGCUCUGAAGUCCAACCCCUCCCAUCUGACAGAGCUGGACCUGAGCUACAACAAGCUGCAGGAUUCAGGAGUGAAGCUGCUGUGUGAUUUUCUGGAGAGUCCACACUGUAGACUGAAGAUUCUGAGAUUAACCCGCUGCAGUUUGUCAAAGAUCAGCUGUGUUUAUCUGGCCUCAGCUCUGAAGUCCAACCCCUCCCAUCUGACAGUGCUGGACCUGAGCUACAACAAGCUGCAGGAUUCAGGAGUGAAGCUGCUGUAUGAUUUUCUGAAGAGUCCACACUGUAGACUGAAGACUCUGAGGUCAGUUCACUGA